GUACUGAAGGAAAUAACUUUGUUUUUAAUGCAAAACUCGCUGAAGCUUCUGCUGAAGAAGCUUAUAAAUCAUUAACUGUACCUGUAUUUGGAAAGGGUGUUGUUUACGAUGUUCAUAAUUCAAUUUUAAUGGAACAAAAAAAAUUUGUUAAAGCUGGUCUUUCGGUAGAAAAUUUACGUGCUUAUGUUCCAAUGAUAACUAUGGAAACUAAAAAUUAUCUAUCUCGAUGGAAUAAAAAAUCUGAUAUUCAAGAUGUUCAUAAAGCGAUGGCUGAAUUAAUUAUUUUAACCGCUUCUCGAUGUUUAUUGGGUGAUGAAGUUCUUGCUCAAAUAUUUCAUGACCUUGAUGGUGGUUUCAAACCAGUAAAUUUUCUUUUCGACGAUUUACCUUUACCUUCCAACAAAUUACGUGAUAAAGCUCAUAUUAAGAUGCGUCAUUUCUUUAUGGAUAUAAUGAAAUCUCGUCGUGAAACUGGUAAAACUGAUAGUACUGACGUUAUGCAAUACUUGGCUACAAAUUGUCAAUACAAAUCUGGAAGAAAUUUAACUGAUAUAGAAGUUGCUCAUAUUAUGAUUGCUAUAUUAAUGGCUGGACAACACACUAGUUCAACCACUAGCGCUUGGGCCCUUCUUUACCUGGCUCGGAAUCCUGAUUGGUUUAAUAAACUUCGUCAAGAACAAAUUCAAAUUCUUGGUUCUCUUGAUGCUCCUCUCACUUAUGAUUCUCUUAAACAAUUAUCCCUUCAUGAUAAUGUUGUUCGUGAAACUCUUAGAUUACGUCCCCCAAUUCUUCAGAUUAUUCGAAAAGUUGUUCGUGAUAUGCCUAUCCCUGGAACAAAUUAUGUUAUUCCAAAAGAUGCUUUUAUUCAAUGUGUUCCUGCUCUUUCCGCGAGAUCUGAUGAUUAUUUUGAAAAUGCUGAAGAAUUUAAUCCUUACAGAUGGACUGAGUUUGAUUUACAAAAUAAAGAUCGUGAUGAAGAUCUUGUGGAUUAUGGUUUUGGUGCUCUUUCCGCUAGUGCUAGAUCCCCUUUUCUUCCAUUUGGUGCUGGUCGUCAUAGAUGUAUUGGUGAAUCAUUCGCUUAUGUACAAAUUAAAACAAUCCUUGCUACUUUUGUUAGAACUUUUGAUUUGGAAUUACUUAAUAACAAAUUUCCUGAUUGUGAUUUCACUACUAUGAUGGUCCAACCUAAAAAUCCCAUG